AUGAAAAUCUCGAGGAAGCAGCGGCUGAUAUUCACGAUAUGUAUAUCCUUCUCGUUCUUUGCCGCUGAACUGUCAGUUGGUUUCUACACGCACUCCAUUGCACUCAUCGCCGACGCCUUUCACUACCUCAGCGACCUGAUAGGAAUAAUCGUCGCCCUGGUUGCGUUGAUGUUACAAGAGCGAGCGAAACCCGCACCGCAGGAGUAUACAUAUGGUUGGCAACGAGCGACAAUACUAGGUGCCUUCUUCAACGGCGUGUUUCUUCUGGCGCUGGGUGUCAGUAUUAUGGUGCAGGCCAUCGAACGAUUCGUGAACAUCACUCGCGAUAAUGUGCACGUCGAAGAGCCGAAAUGGAUUCUUAUAGUCGGUAGUGCCGGUCUAGCUCUGAAUCUCUUGGUUCUAUCUUUCCUUCAUGAGCAUGAUCAUGAUCAUGGCCACCAUGGGCAUGGACAGCAUGGACACUGUGAUGCGGAGCAACAUCAAGAUGCAGGGACAACUCGCGAGACGGCCAGUGUAUGCGAAGCCCCUUUGACGCCUACCACAAGCAGCCACUAUGAACACAAACACACGUCAGUAGUCAUCAAGUCCCCUGGCCGAGACCUGGGUAUGCUAGGCGUUUUUAUUCAUGUCUUGGGAGAUGCCAUCAACAACAUUGGAGUCAUCAUCGCAGCGGUCGUCAUCUGGAAAGUUGAAGGCGAAGGACGGUACUAUGCAGACCCCGCAGUUGGAGUCUUCAUCUCGAUUAUGAUUCUUCUUUCAGCCAUACCACUCGUCAAGAAUAGCGGCGCUAUUCUACUACAAACUACACCCAAAGGCAUCAAUCUUGAGGAUGUCAAACAUGACAUUGAGAAGGUGACAGCGGAUUCCCAUCUACGAUGA